AUGUCACAUGAUAAACUCUCAAGAGCUGAAUAUAAGAUAUUCCAAGAUACCUUCACGUAUUUCGACAAAGAUGACGAUGGUUUCAUAGGUAAACAGCAGAUACUAAAAAUCUUUCAAAUGCUCGGUCAUAAUCCCAGUAAGGAAUUUAUUGAUGAUUUGGCUGUCGAAUUCGAUGCCGAAGGCAAAGGUUUUAAUUUCGAAAAUUUUCUCGCUAUGUUUACUCGUAUGCUCGGCAAUGAAACCGAAGAAGAAGUGCGGGAUGCUUGUAAAGCUUUUUUUAAAAAAGGCCAAAAAAGUACUCUAAUUGAUGUGGAAUACUUUCGUCAUUUUAUGACCUACAAAGGUGCUAAACUCACAGAUGAGGAAGUCGAAAAGGCAUUGGAACAUGUAUUCAUAACUGAGGAGAAACAGUUUGAUCCAGAAGAACUUGUGCAGGCAUUGUCUCAAAUUAAACUCGAUGAUCCGGAUGCAGAGGAAGAAAAGGAAGAAUCGUCAACAGAUGAUGAAAAUAAGAAGCAAGUUGUUGAGAAAUGGACUAAAGAGGAAAUUUAUGAGUAUUUUAAACAAUUAAAAUGUACACGUCACUACUUGGAUGACGAUAAUAUACACUAA